UUGAAACGCAGAGCGAAGAGAGACACCAGUCUAGUAUAAACACAGAAGAAGAAAAAUCAAAAGAGCGAUUGUAAUUUUGUUAUCAGUAUUUGGAAUAAAAUAAAAGACAAAGAUGCUAAUAGGAGGAGCAGCAGCAGGAGGAGGAGGAGGAGGAGCAAGGUGGAGCAACAAAUGUUUGAUAUUGGGGAUUUUGAUAUUAAUAGCGAUGGUAGUGAAGGAGGAGACUAGUUGUAUCGGGGUUGAAGCGGCAACGCCCAAAGCUUAUGUGAGAAGAGAAGCAGGGCAUCUGCAGUGGCAUCAUGGAGCCUUUCAGGAUGUCAAAGAUUCCGUCCGAUCUGAAGUCCGUCAAAUGCUGCAUUCUCGCGCCGAGGUUCCGUUUCAAGUACCCCUUGAAGUAAAUAUUGUCCUCAUUGGUUUUAAUGGUGACGGAGGCUAUAGGUAUACCAUUGAUUCUCAAAAGUUAGAGGAUUUUAUGAGAGUCAGUUUCGCAUCUCAUAGGCUGUCAUGCCUUGAGACAGGCCAGCCUCUUGAUAUAGAGCAUCACAUCGUGUAUAAUGUAUUCCCUGUUGGGCAGCCAGAACUUAUCGCCCUUGAGAGAGCAUUAAAAGAAGCAAUGCUUCCUGCUGGCACAGCCAGAGAGGCUGAUUUUGGAAGGGAAGUUCCUUUGUUUGAGGUGGAUGCAACAGUUGUUGAGGCAGAGUUUCAGAAUCUGUAUUCCUUCCUGUUUGACAUGGAAAAUGGAGGACAUUCUGUGGAAGAAAUGGACAGACCUUGGCCAACUGCAAUUUUUGUUGUCAAUUUUGAUAAGGUAAGAGUUGAUCCAAGGAACAAGGAUAUCGAUCUUGACAGUUUGAUGUAUGGAAGAAUUGCACAGCUAAAUGAGGAAGAGCUGCAAAAGCAAGAGGGUGAUUACAUCUAUCGAUAUCGUUAUAAUGGAGGGGGAGCAACUCAGGUUUGGCUGAGUUCUGGCAGGUUUGUUGUGAUUGACCUCUCAGCUGGCCCUUGCACAUAUGGAAAAAUUGAAACUGAAGAAGGAAGUGUUAGCUCUAAAACACUACCUCGAUUGAAAAACGUCAUAUUUCCAAGAGGAUCAAAUUUAGUGAGUGAGCAUUCUGCACAUGAUAUAUUUGUUGGGCAGCUUGGUGCUCUGAUUGCUACCACAGUUGAGCAUGUUAUUGCUCCGGAUGUUAGGUUUGAAACUGUUGAUAUGGCAACGAGGUUGCUUAUACCAAUAAUUGUCCUCCAAAAUCAUAAUCGUUACAAUAUCAUGGAGAAAGGCCACAAUUACAGUAUUAAUAUUGAAGCUAUUGAGGCUGAGGUUAAGAAAAUGGUUCACCGGGGUGAGGAAGUAGUAAUAGUAGGAGGUGUACAUCCGCUGCAUCACCAUGAAAAGUUGGCUAUUGCUGUUUCAAAAGCAAUGAGAGGGCAUUCCCUUCAAGAAACCAAGAAGGAUGGACGCUUCCAUGUGCAUACAAAGACAUAUCUGGAUGGUGCUAUUCUGAAAGAGGAAAUGGAGCGGUCAGCUGAUGUCCUUGCUGCUGGCCUACUCGAGGUGUCUGAUCCAUCCCUUUCAAGCAAAUUUUUCCUCAGACAGAACUGGGUGGAUCAAAGUGAUAGCUCAAGUGAUUCCCUACUAAAACACAAACCUAUCUGGGCUACUUAUGGCCAAUGGGGAAAGGACAAGAAACGGAGAAAAGAGAUGAAGAAACAAGGGGAUUUGUACCGGACCUAUGGAACUAGAGUUAUUCCAGUCUUUGUUCUAUCACUAGCCGAUGUUGAUGAAAAUCUUAUGAUGGAGGAUGAAAGUUUUGUAUGGACAAGUAAUGAAGUAAUUAUUGUCCUUCAGCAUCAAAGCGAAAAGAUACAGUUGAGUUAUGUUUCGGAAUUGGAAAGAAGGCAAGCUAUUCCAUCACAAGCACAGCGACAUAUAUUGGCGGGGCUGGCUUCUGUUGUAGGCGGAUUGAGUGCACCAUAUGAAAAGGCGUCUCAUGUGCAUGAAAGGCCCAUCGUAAAUUGGCUCUGGGCUGCUGGUUGUCAUCCAUUUGGACCAUUUUCUAAUACUUCAGGAAUUAGUCAAAUGCUGCAGGAUGUUGCACUGAGGAACACAAUCUAUGCACGUGUUGAUUCUGCCCUUCACCGAAUAAGGGAUACAUCAGAGGCUAUCCAAGCUUUCGCUGCAGAGUACUUGAAAACUCCUCUUGGUGAACCGGUGAAGGGUAAAAAGAACAAGUCAAGCACUGAGCUCUGGCUGGAAAAGUUUUAUAAGAAAACUACCACCUUGCCUGAACCGUUCCCGCAUGAAUUGGUUGAGCGGUUGGAAAAGUACCUGGAUAACCUUGAAGAACAGCUUGUUGAUCUGUCUUCCCUGCUUUACGAUCAUCGGCUACAAGAUGCACACUUGAAUAGUACCCAGAUUUUCCAGAGCUCCAUAUUCACCGAGCAGUAUGUGGACCAUAUUUUGGCCCGUGAGAGAGAGCAAAUGAAAUGUUGCAGCGUUGAGUACAGACUUCCGGUGCAGUCUUCACAAAACUUCAUUUAUGCUGGAAUUCUCUUAGCUGGUUUUGUUGUAUACUUUGUUGUAAUCUUCUUUUCAGCACCAGUUCGUUAAAACAAUUUUAUACUGAUGGCAGAAGCACUUCUGCUAUGUAAAACAACGAACACAAUUUUGAGGAAGAGAAGGAAGCUGUUCCCUUUCUUGCCCCAUGGAGAACAUGUGUGCAUGCUUGCGAUGUCAAGUGGCAGCAAUCAAAUAGAAUAUGCUCCUUUUCUGCAAAA